CGAAAAAGAAGAAAGGAGCAGAAUUUGGCGAUUUGGCUACGGAGAUCUCACGCCUCGUCCGAGCUGAAAAAUCUCUACGCAAGAGCCCAAUUUGGUCCCAUCUCAAGUUCUGUCCGAUUCGUACUGCUCAACCUCGUAUGAUCUAAUGGCUCUUCCAACCAUUCCGGAAGGAAUGCAGACCCAAUUCGCACGUGGCGUGAUGAUCCGAAUGGCUGAUUUAGAAAUCUGAUCAAAGAAGGCAGAAUCGCCGAAAGCACGCAAACUGUUCGAAAAAUUUCCUGAGAGAGAUGGUCGGGUUUGAUCACUGGGUAUAUCAGAAUAGACUGUAUGGAUGAGGCUAGUAAAACAAUGUGGUGACAUUGACGGCCACGCUCAAUUGCAUACUCGAAACUGAAGCCGAUUUCCUGACGCGGAGAUGCUGUUUCAUAUGAAAUUCCGGAGAAGAAUAUCGUUACUUGGAGAUCUAUGAAUCAUAGUCUGUGAUCAAUGGGGUACUGCUCAUAAAGGCAUAUGAACUGUUCGAUAAAAUGCCUGAAAGAACACUGUUUCGUGGAACAAGAUGAUCUUGCACCUCUUUGUCGUUGCCGCUUCCUGAAUCGGAGGGUUUUAGACGAGAGUUUUCCCGCGCAGAACGACUUGUCGCGCAAGUUGGCACCGGCAAAAUCCGAAAUUUAAAAACUAAAUAUUAAUUAAAUCGCGAGGCUGCGGACACGCGUAUGGUUACAUUUCCUUUCAUCCACUUAAAGUUUGCCACGUCAUUCUCUCCAGCUCACGUUCCCCUGUCGGGUUUUCUCCACCGUCCGAUCAGAUAUCAAACCCACAAAAGGAAAAGCUUCGACAGGAAGCUGUUUCAGUUUCCAACGAGCGAAGGAUUUUCCGACAGAUUAAGCGACGGAGGAGGGUUGAUAAUGGAGGCGGUGGAGUGGCAGGAGAUGGCGGAGGAAGGAUGCACGACGCCGAGAAGCAGAAAGUAUCGUAUUCCGGCGGCGUCAGUGUGUCCGCCGCCCCCGAGGAAGAAAUCGACGGCGGGGAUGAUGCGAGGUCCGCCGAGAAAUGGUUUUUUUCGCCCGCCGGAACUGGAGAGCUUGUUCUACGCGCAGCCUCGACGAGAAGCUUGGGCUUAACGUUCUAGGGUUUUAUCUCGCGAGUCUCUGUUUGGGUGUUCUGUAUAUAGGUGUUUAUCGGGGUUUAGGAUCUUCUAGAUCAGAUUUGUGUUGUUGCCUAUUUUUUCAAAUGGGGUUUGGUCUGUACUGGGUUCGGAUUUGUUCAGACAAUUACUUCUUUUCAAGAUUCAUUCAUUUUCUCCCUG